AUGCAUGAGCAAAAGGAAGAAAAAGAAGGCGAGAGCAAAACUGCGGAAAGCAAUGAAAAAAUGGAAACUCCGCAACAAAAAAAUGCCUCGAAGAAAGCUCGACAAUUCGAUUUUGAGACGAUGUUCAUGGAAGCCAGAAGAAGCGCGCUCACGCGGACAGCUGAAACAUUUGAUAAAGAAAGCAAUCAAGAAACAACCGAUAAUGACAAAAGUUCCUGUGGAGGAGAAUUCGAUUCAAGUGGACAAUCUCGCCAUGUUUUUGAUGAAUCAGUUGGCUGUUCGUUGUCAGUAAAACUAGCUAAAGCUUCAGUUGAAGAAAACGACAAUGAUUUUGAAGAAUUUUCUGUCCCUUUACCUGAAGGCUUUGUACCAGAUAAAGAGAUUUUCGAGAGAAAAAAACCCAAAAAUGAUGAUAAUAAUGAUGACGAUGAUGAAUUUCUGGAUGACGCAAUUCCUGUCGUCGAUCUCAUACCUGCUGCUUCCGAAGCACAGUUGCACCACGGGAAGAAACCAGUAUCAGCAUUGGCAUUUGAUCAGCAGGGUACGAAAUUUGCUAGUGGUGGAUAUGAUUAUAUCGUGAAUUUAUUUGAAUUCCAGAAAAUGGAUUUAAGUUUACGUUCUUCACGUGAGCUUAUGCCUUGCGAAAGUCAUAUCAUCAACGGAUUAGCAUUUAGUUCGAAUGGUGAAAAAUUGCUUAUUGCUAGCGGUCACGCACAAAUUCAUAUCUUAGAUCGGCAAGGUAAACAGUGGGCCGAAACUGUUCGUGGUGAUCAAUAUUUGGUUGAUUUGUCUAAUACCAAGGGACACACAGGAUCGGUCAAUGCUUGCUGUUGGCAUCCAGUUGUGAAGACGGAAUUCUUAUCUUGCGCUAAUGAUGGAACAUUACGAAUUUGGUCUACAGACGAUUACAAAGAAAUCACACAUUGUAUCAAUAAGCAGCGUAAAGUAAUCAAAACAAAAAAUGCUAUUGGCAAAAGAGCUACACCGACAACAUGUUGUUACUCUCGAGAUGGGAAAUACAUUGCGGCUGGGUGUGAUGAUGGGUCUAUACAAAUAUGGAAACAUGGAAAUCUUUAUGUUAAUACUUCAUAUUUGAAUAGAACUGCUCAUACCGCACCGAUUACUUCGCUACAGUUCUCACCAAACAGUAAACAAAUCCUCUCAAGAUCACGUAAAAUAUUCUUGAUUUUCUUUUUUGAAUUGCGUUCCUUUCACAAUUCUUUAACCGUAGAGAAACUUAUUACAGUUGAUGGCACGUUAAAGUUAUGGAAACUUGAAACAUUCAAUAAACCAUGCCAUGUUGUGGAGAAUUUGAAAAAUGAAUUUAUAAGCACGGAUUGCGGUUUUGCUCCUCAUGGUGAAAUGGUUUACACCGGUACUUCGUUUGAUGAUGAGAGUAGAUCUGAUGGAAUGCUCGUUUUCUUUGAUUCGGAAUCCUUUGAUCUUGUUUAUCGAAUUACAUAUCCGAAAUUAAGUUGUAUUAGGAUCUCUUGGCAGCCCAAAAUUAAUCAAAUCCUUGUUGGUUUGAGUGAUGGUUCACUUCGAUUAUAUUAUGAUCCUGUAAACAGUGUAAGAGGUGCCCUACUUUGUGUUUCACGACCACUGAGAAGAACUCGUCAGCAAGAAGUAAUUCGCGAAGAAUUAGUGCUAUCACCACUGACCUUAGAAAUGUUCCAACCGAGAGGUGAGGAAGGUGAAGAGAAAGAAGUUACAACUUGGCGACUAAAGAAAUAUUUGCGAAUGAUGGACAACAAGUUACGUCCUGACUUCCGAAAGCCUGCUGACAUGCCAAUGAGUGGACCAAGUUCGGGUGGUCGGGUAGCUGCUUCAGGUGGAACAUUGCAUUCGUAUAUCGCUAAACAAGUAGGUACAAAACGGAAUCGUGAUUUCCUUGCUGAUACUGACGUGCGUGCUUCUAUUCUACGUCACGCUGAAGAGGCAGAGAAAAACCCAUACUAUGUUACGAAGGCAUACCUCAAAAAUCAGCCAGUUACAAUUUUUCAAGAAAAGACAACCGCACCGGAAGAGGAAGAAGCUGAUGCAGAACUAGAACCGUUGUAUAAAAUUCCCAAAAAUUUAAUCAACUCUGUUUGUCCUUUUGGCAUUGUAAAGAAGUACCAUGGCUUUGUGGAAUGUAAAAACGUGGAAGUUGCUAUGAUUGAUUAUCAGUUCAAGGAAGAGCUUAUAAAAACACGGGAACGUGUUGAAGAUCUUUAUUCUUUUGAAGGCUUUAAGGUUGGAAGAGGGACUUAUGGACAUGUUUACAAAGCACAACCACGGCAUCCAGAACAAAUUCCAGAAAAUGGAGCUAAAGAGUUCGCUUUAAAGCUAAUUGAAGGCCAAGGUUUUUCGAUGUCGGCUUGUCGAGAAAUAGCAUUAUUGAGAGAGUUAAAACAUCCAAAUUUAAUCAAAUUGCAACGAGUAUUUCUAACGACCGAUCGAAAAGUGUGGCUACUGUUUGAUUAUGCCGAGCACGACUUAUGGCAUAUCAUCAAGUUUCACCGAGCUGCAAAACAGAAGAAACAACCAGUGUUGGUCCCGAAAGGAAUGGUAAAAAGUCUCUUAUAUCAAAUACUGGACGGAAUUCAUUACUUACAUUCAAACUGGAUUUUGCAUAGGGACCUCAAACCUGCGAAUAUCUUAGUAAUGGGCGAAGGUCCAGGUGUGGAACGUGGGAGAGUGAAAAUUGGUGAUAUGGGUUUUGCAAGAAUAUUUCAUAAUCCAUUGAAACCACUAGCCGAGCUUGAUCCUGUGGUAGUAACAUUCUGGUACAGAGCACCGGAACUUCUGCUUGGUGCUAAACAUUAUACAAAAGCCAUCGACAUUUGGGCUAUCGGUUGUAUUUUUGCGGAACUUCUUACUUCCGAACCCGUAUUUUUUUGUCGGGAGGAAGAUAUUAAAGCUUCCAGUCCUUACCAUCAAGAUCAGUUAAAUCGAAUAUUUACCGUUAUGGGUUAUCCAUCCGAAUCCGACUGGCAAGAUUUGAAAAAAAUGCCAGAAUAUCAAAAAUUGACGCAGGAUUUCAAAAGAGCGAAUUAUGCCAAUUGCACUUUGCAAAGAUAUAUGGAUAAACAUAAAAUUAAAGCUGACACUCGAUCAUUUUCUUUAUUACAACGCCUCUUAACAAUGGAUCCAAUUAAGCGAGUUACUGCUCAAGAUGCCAUGGAUGAUCCUUACUUCAAGGAAGAUCCUCGUCCGACUGCAGAUGUUUUCAGCGGUUGCGAUAUUCCAUAUCCAAAGCGAGAGUUUCUUUCUGAUGAAAAUGAUGAUAAGAGCGCUUCGGCAUCGAAACCACAACAAGUUCAACCUCCGCAACAAAGUCAGCAGCAACCCAUUGGCAUGCACCCUCAGCAAUCAGUGAUGGAACCUGCAGCAAAGAAAAUGCGCAUGCAACAAGGACCCCAAAUGCCAGCUACACAGCAGAUGGAGCCAUUAAUGAAUGGUCCUACAAGUGGAAUAUUUGCUACAACUGGUGCGCAAGAUUACCCACCGGUUGGUUCUGGACCAGUAAUCAGCAAUAAAGGAGGAAUGACCUUUGAACAACACAAUCAACAGCAAAUAAUGCAAUCACAACAUAUAAGUAAUGGUAUGCAGCAGUUGCCAUAUGGACAUCAGCAACAGCAUCAAGUUAUGAACCAGGGUCCAAACAUGUACCAACAGCAGCAGAUAGGCAUGAAUCAACAGUUAGGCGGUCCAUCGCAAGGACAAAUGGCACAGCGAUCAGUACAAAUGUCUACGCAGUCAUCAGUUAUGCAGUCUUCUUAUCAACAACAGAUGGUACAACCAGGUAUGAUAAGCGGUCAGCAAAUGAUGGGCAAUGGAAAUAGUAUGUUAAGACAGCAAGGGACUAUAACAGGACCAGGACCUAUGGGCGGUCCUCAAAAUCAAAUGGGGCCACCUCAGGGACAAAUGGGUCCUCAAGGACCCACAAUCAUGCAACAGAUGCGUCCGCAGAUGUCAUAUGUGGAUCAGAACGGACGAGUAAUACAAGGCGGUGGAAUAAUAAUGCAACCAGGUCAGGAAAUGAUGCCGCAGCAAAGUCCCUAUAUAAUACAGCAACAGCAAUGGCCUCAAAUGCAACCUCGUUAUUAA